UUUUAAGUAUCGUGGUCAUUGAUUGGUUCAAAUGUGAAAAGCAACCAAUAGAAACAGACAUAACAAAAUGGGUACCAAAAUGGAUUCCGAGUUGCAAAAAAAGUUGACAACAGAAUUAGAGAAAUUCCAAGCGCUACAAAAAGAUCACCAGAAGUUUGUGAAAGCUAGACAAGUACUAGAUGGACAACUUAGUGAAAAUACACUUGUAAAAGAGGAGUUGGUAAAGUUAGAUUCCUCUGCAAAUGUUUACAAAAUGAUUGGUCCAGUAUUUGUAAAACAGGAUAUUGCUGAGGCCAAAGAAGUUGUUCAGAAAAGAAUUGAUUACAUUAGCGGAGAAGUUAAAAGACAUGAGGAUAUGAUCAAAGAUUUAGACAAGAAGCAAGAAUCCCAGAAGGAAAUAUUACAGAAACUACAAACCCAGUUCCAACAAUCUCAACAAAAAGCUGCCAUAAAGACAUAGCAAUAAUUCAUUAUUUAGCAUAAUAAAACUUGACUGGUUGUCCAACAUUGAUGUGCUAUGUGUUUAUUAUUUUCUCGUGCUUGAAUGAACAAAAACAUUUUUUAAAAUACAUCCUGAGCUGAAAUUCUGUUAAUCGUUGGUAAGUUAUAUGGAAGUGGAAAAAAUGAAAUAUUAAAUCAGAUAUCACUGUUGUAUAAUAUCCAGUAACACAUGCAUGUAAAGAUAGCAGUUUUAGCACACUUACUGGACAAAAAUCGUGUGAAUCAAAUUAUUUUUGCAUUCCAGCAUUACUUAAUAUACACUAUGGUUACAGGUGUAAUUUCAUGUUAUAUCACAAAAAAAUAUUGAAUUGAUAAGUCGAAAAAUAGUGAUAUUUUAUUUAACUGAAUAGAAAUACAUGUAUACUGAUGUGAUAGAGUAAAAAGCACAUGUACUGUGUAAGAUCAUCAUUUUUUGUAGCAUAACUUUAUAUCAUAAAAUCCUGAACUGUAAUAAAAAUGGUAAAGAUA